GGAUCCACGGUUGCUGGCCCAAGGCUCCGCGAGCGCCGCGUCAGCCUCGUCACAACUCUCAAAUAGUCUCGCAAUGGCGUUAGUGCAAGGCGGUCGUGUGUUCGCUUAGUCUCACUUCAACCCGAGCGGACACCGGCCCAAAAUAUUGGCCUGUCUAUACGUGUUCGGUUUACUCGAAUUUAAAUUCCUGUAAUACCGUGCUCAACAAGCGAAAUACGUCACCACGGACAGUCAAAUUUUGGUACGAUAUCCACUCAGGACGAAUCAUUUCAAGAUCAUGUUCAUCUCAUCAUAGUUCCUCCUAAGUUUUAAGUGUUUGUGUUCUGUGAACGUUAGUGUUGUGACAGUGCAAGUGUUCAGUGAUGGAUCCCGGAUCACCCUCGUUGCUGUGGCCUCUGCGCCUGAGCAAGCCGUCGACGUCGCCCGCGGCCGCGGGAGACAGCAAGGACGAACGGGCCCCGUCGCCUGCCCUGGCCGAACGCUUGUCUGCGGCUCCCUCGCCCUCCAGCCCAGCGCCCAGCCCAGCCAGCCCUCCGCCCGCCCAACACCAGUUCCAAGCGGCGCUCGUCGCGGAAAAGUAUUUGUUACUCGAACAAGUGGAAGGAUCAUCACUCUGUCGGUGUGUGGAUGUGCGCACGCAAGAGGAAUACGUUUGCAAAGUUGUAUCAAGAGAUUGCAGUAGUCUCCUACAAGCGCACUACCGUUUAGAUGGCCAUCCACACGUGAAUCCGAUCCACGAGGUGCUGGUCGGUGAUAAGAGGGUGUACCUCAUAUUCCCGAGGUCACACUCAGACCUGCACUCGUAUGUGAGGGCGAGGAAACGGUUACGGGAACACGAGGCGCGGAGACUGUUCAGACAAAUGGCGGAAACGGUGGCCGCGUGUCAUGACCAGGGCAUCGUUUUACGGGACCUCAAAUUGAGAAAAUUCGUCUUUGCGGAUCCUCAGAGGACAACGUUAAAAUUAGAAUCGCUAGAAGACGCGGUAGUGUUAGACGACCCCGAGGAAGAUCUCCUUCAAGACAAGAGAGGGUGUCCCGCGUACGUGUCGCCGGAGAUCCUGAGGGCGCAUCGGACGUACUCCGGGAGGGCGGCCGACAUGUGGUCGCUAGGCGUCAUACUUUACACCAUGCUCGUGGGCAGGUAUCCGUUCAACGACUCUGAGCACGCGUCGCUGUUCGCGAAAAUCUCCCGCGGAUACUUCGUGGUGCCGGAGUGUUUGUCGUCGCGCGGCAAGUGCCUCAUCCGCUCCCUGCUGAGACGCGAGGCGUGCGAGCGACUCAGCGCGCGAGACGUGCUCCGCCACCCGUGGCUAGCCCGCGACCCGCGCAACGAGCUGCCACCGAGAGCGGCUGCUUCCCACGACCGCCUCGUGCCCGAUGUGCCCAUGGACGACGACUACGUCUAACACACCCGCCCAUGGAUGACGACUGCGUCUGACACACGUGCCCAUGGAUGAAAGUUUCGUCAACACACAUGCCCAUGGACGACGACAACGUCUAACAUACUCGCCCAUGGACGACAACUACGUCUAACACGACUAACACAUCCGGUGCUGGCAUCGGUGUACUAUGUUCCAAUAUCGCACCAUCGCGCAAUAGCACAGCCUGGGGUUGCCAUUUGUUAGCCGUUCGACGCCUGAUCAAACUAGAACGUAUCGAGUGUUUAUUGAACAUUUUAUCGUUUUCGUUUCAAUAGCGUCUAUUUUACUGGUAAAUCAGGGUUCUACCUAUGAGCUUCUAUGUAAUGUAAAUAAUAAAUGAAUUCACGUGAACCGAGUCAAAUGGUAGCCCUUAACGGUCCGGUGAGUCCACCGAAGGCUUUUAACUAUUCGGUUAAGAGUAUAUUCUGGCCUAAUUUCGAGCGAGCUUAGCGGUCGCUCGGUGAGACGUCGGCUCGAAUUCCACGCUCCGUCAACGUUUAAAUUUCAGAAAGUAGUAUCCCAAGCCAAAUAAAGGUCUCCAUCGAGAUUUUAAUUUAGUGAUUAUAGGCCGGGAGAGGGCGGCGGGCCGCUCCCGCCCGGCCGCUUUAUUUAUGAAAUAGAAGCGAACGCUACCACAAUACGAAUCGCAUAAUCCGGCAAAGGCAACACCGCGUAUAUGAAUGGUGUUUCAGUUUAACGCUUUUAUUGGCGUUUGGCGUUACGUGUCGGCUUUUACGAGCUCCGGUAUGGUUGUAACGUUCGUAAUGACAGAAUAAGUGAGACUGAUAACGCGUUCUUGUGAUCUAACUGUGAAUGUUAAGCGAUCCAUCUUGUUUUGUGUGAACCAACUGCUCCGGGCUCUCGCACCUAGAGAGUUCAGCUUCGUACUGUUGUAUUUACAAUGGAUUUAGGUCUUUUUUUUUUUCGAAAAAAUGUAUAUAAGAUAAUCAUCUAUAAGUAAGCAAACGCAUUAGUUGAAGUUACUUGCGUGCAAAAAAGUCAGUACUUAAAUUGCACGCAAUUAGCUUUAUUUAUAUUAUUUAUCUCGCCUGCUUGCUUAAGAUUUUGAGUUAAAAGUCCUAAUUCCAUUGUAUUCCUAUUGGUUAAAUAAAUCUCAAUGAAAAACAUAUGACAGUACGGAGCGUUCUGUUAACUACUGCGUUAAUUCCUGUUAAAUAAAUCAUAUCAAUUUCACAUCAAUAUAGAUGGGUAUAUUGCAUUGGAAGUUGUUGCUAUAAUAUAGUAUUAGGGGGAAAUUACAUAAGUGUAUAUUUUGUAUUUAUAUUUAAAAAAAAAAUGUCGUGUAAUAGUGAUCUCCACCGAUGUUAUUUAGCGAUUAUAUUGAUUUGAUCUGAGAAGUGAUGGACGAUUUGUUUGUGUUUUGUAACGGUCUUAGAUUUUUGAAUCCAUGUGAACAUACAAAUAAACAUACAAA